UGUAUAAUUGCAACAACUUAUAAAUCAGGCCAAAACAAUGUUCACUCUGUCAGUUGAGUGAGAAGACUACAACAAAAAUGUUGUUGCAUUGGAUAUUCCUGCUGCUGAGUACUUGGGAUUUGUUUCUCCAAACUCAAGCCAAACGUCGCUUCUAUCUUGAGCUGUAUAAUGCCAGUUGCAAUGAGUUCACUUUACCGGUGUUAACAUUUGAAUGCAAUUUAAUAAAAGUAGCCCGAAGUCAAUAUGCUAUAAGCGCAUCGGCAAUUUUUGAUCGGGAGCUGCCUCGCAGCGUCGAACUUGGCAUUAUUCUCUACACCAAACACAAAAGUGGAGAAAAAAGUCGCAGACUGACAAAUUUGAAGAUAAAUUUCUGCGAUUUAAUUAGCCAUGUCAACCUAAUACCCAUGAUUAAGGAAUAUGUGGUUUACUUUUAUAGGACAAGCAAUUGGCCAAUAGCGUGUCCAAUUUUGGGGAAUCAUAUGUACAACAUCACCAAUCUGACGGUUUCCGAGGAAGAUAUUCCUGCUUAUAGGCAGUUUUCACAAUUCAAUUUUAGCUUGACUUUGACGAACAAAGGCAAACAGUUUUCCACAUUUAAGCUGAUUGGAGCCCUAGUCCCCAGAACAUGAAGGCAACAUGGUCA